AGUAUGUCUUUGGAGUUACAUGUGCGAUUAAAGUAAUUGUGUAAGCAAUUGUGGUGCGGUGUAGGAAGAUAUUUGUUUUGAUAAGAUACAGGUGACAGAUGGAUUUGUCAGUGUUAUGUGUUCAAGCAGUGACUGUGUAAUGAAGUAAGAGAGACUGCCUGCAAAUGACAUGCUUUCAAAUAAGAGUUUCCUAUGGAUGUUGAAAAGCCGUACAAGGAGGGAUUUUUGUUGUUCCCUCCUCAAGGAGUCUUGGGACAGCUCAAGAAAACUUGGCACAAGAAGUAUUGCCAGCUAUUCAGGGCUAGCAAACAUGGGAUAGAAAGACUUGAAGUAUUUGACAGUGAGGAAGACGUUACGAAGAACUUGUCUGAUAGAAUUAUUACUCUGGAAAAUUGUGUGAAAAUUACACAAGAUGUACAGAAGCACCACCCCAAUAGUUUCAUUGUUGUUACGAAGACUGUUACAUACCAUUUUGCAGCUGUCAAUGAAAGUGAAAUGAUGCUGUGGUUAUCUGCAUUCCAGUCGGUUGCAUUCAAGGAUGAUUGCUCGAAACAAACAAUUGAAGAACAUAAUGAUCUUUAUGAUUCAUCUGGAGAAGGGGUUUUUACUGUGUGGUUAGUUCCAUCUGAAGCCAGUGAAAGGUGUGGUUUGGAACCAGGUGUAUAUACACUUGUAGUUGCCUCUGCUGUGAUUCAGCUUCGGAGUAGCACAGACAACAGUAUUCUCUUCACGUGGCCCUACCGUUACAUUAGGCGGUAUGGCUAUCGUGAAGGGAAGUUCAUAUUUGAGGCUGGCAGAAAAUGUGAUUCUGGAGAAGGCACAUUCACAUUGCAGCAUUCUAAUCAGCAAGAGAUAUUUCGUUGCCUUUCCUCCAAAAUGAAAAGUAUGCGGAAAUUGCUAUCUGGUGAAACACCUGUAAGCCCUGUGAUAAUGUGUGGCGACAAUCAGUUCCAAGCAGCCCUGAGUAUGGAGGCACGUUCUCGUAGCCCCCUUCCCCCUUCUCCAACAAGUGCGACUCUUUUUGAUACAGAUUUUAGCACAAUUUCACAGCCUUCCAGCAAAUUUCUUGGUACUGUUGUUGCAGAAAAUGAACAUUUUGUUGUAAAUAGUUUUUCACAUACCAGCAGACCAAAGCCAAAGCCUGUAAAACCUCCCCGCAAACAAAUUCAAUCUGUAGAAAAUGUUUCAACAGAAAAUGAAUCCAUCUCUACUGAAUCUUUAAGCUCUGGUCGUUUCAAAGCUUCUAAAGGAAGCAGCCUGUCACCAACAACCCCAGUGCUUGUGACUCCUACAGAUAGUGCACAAGAUUAUGAUGAUGUGGAGGUUCGAAAAGAUGCUUGGAGGACCCUAGGUGUUGAUGACGUACGACAUACAGAAAACCAGUGCAGUGAUGAAGAAGACAGGCCUGCUCAGUUUUCCACUGCUUCAACUGUUCAGGUUGCUGAACAAAGUCCAAUGCCACAGUGUUCAAAAAUUCUAGCUACACAGAUUUCCAUGAAGUCUGACAGCAGUGAAGACUAUGAUAAAUUGCAGCACUUCCGCCCACCACCUAAGCCAACUGCUGGAGGCUACAGCCAUGUGCCUGUGCCUUCUGUUACUUCUCAAAUACAACUUCCUCCUGCUCCAGAGGAAUCUCCAACCAGCUUUAAUGACUAUGAAUUAUGUGAAAAAAUACAAGCUUGUAGGUUAGCAGAUGAUUCUCAUUAUGGCUAUGGUAUGAUCCGUAAAAAAUCAGUACCAACUGAUAACUCUUUAUCUGGACCUGAACAUCAAUUUUACAACGACCAGGAAUAUGCUGUUGUGCAAAAACCAAAAAAAGUCUAGUCCCUUUUGCAUGUGAUAUUAAUUAUAAACAUUGAAUUGUGAUCAUUUCAUCUCCAUAGAUAGCAAUCUAUCUCCCAAACUAAACAUAAAAUCUUUUUACUCAUUUAUAGUAUUCAUUAAAUUUAUUAAUUUUUAGAUAAACUUUGUAAAAUGAAAGUUGUUCACUGAUUACCAGGUGAUUCAUCAUAUUUACAUGUUUUAGAGGAACUUUUGUAAAUGUGAUGCAUACUGAUGGACAAGUAAUUGUUGCUGAUUUAAGGGUGUUAGCCUUUCAUGUUUAACCCUCAAUCGUAGCAAAUUAGAGAAUUUUUAAGCAUCUUUUAAGAAAGUGGACUAUUCUAAAUACAGAUGUUCUACUCCUUGAGUGACAUGCCAUGUUUGAAAUGCAAAUCUUGUUGUCCAAUCUUAGAGAAAUAGGUUGAUUUUGCACAACAGUUGAUUUUAACAUUCCCAUUUUCUGUAAGAAAUAACACAAAGACUUGUAAGCUACUUGUUGAAGAUUUUAUUUACAUGUCAAGUUCAGUAUAUUGAGUCUGCUCAUAACAAUAUCACUUUUAAAAGUAAUGACCAUUAUGGUCUACCAUUACAUAACUGAAUUUUGUAUCUGGUAGGCUUUUGAUAUUAAUAUUGAUUGUAAUAAAAAUGUUGAAUAUAUUUUAAGAGGAUAUUUAUUCAACUGCCGUUUACUGGGUACCAUUUGCCCAUAUGAAUAGACUGCAAAUUUGACUCAUGAGCUAUGUUUACCUAUAAGUAAUUAUAAGCAUUUAUGGGCAUACUAAAAAGCUGUUGCAACUUUAUUUUUUUCUAAAUUUUAUAUAUGUUCAAUGGAUUUUACCUGCAGAUCCAUAAGUAAUAUGUUUAUGUUGUAACUGAAAGUGUUGUCAGUAGGUUUAUUUUAUGUCCUUUGUUAAAUUGAAAUAUGUGUGAUACAUUAAAUAAUAUUAUUUGUUGAAAAUUGUAAUUUAUGGAUGGAUUGAUGCAAGAGAGUAAUUUGUUCUAGUUAAAUAUGUAGUGUUAGUAUUUUGUGGAAUACAUGGCCAGUUUCCAAAAUUACUAAAAGCUAUUUAUAUGGAAAACAGAGUGAGAUACUCACACUGGACCAGCACUUCUUAAUUUAGUUCUUGAGUACCAUUUCACAAAUCUCUCUUCUUAGCCAUGCAUUGUGUUUUAAAAUGACUUUUAUAUAUUGAGUGACAUUGUCUUGGUGACCAAAUUGGCAGACUCUUUUCAUUUGUGUAGUGACUUCAGUGCUCACUGGGUUAGCAUUACUUUUAUGGAGAGUCACACAAAUGAUUAGCAGGAGGUAACUGGAAUACUUAAUGUAGAGUACCUACUCAGUAGAGCAUUGUACAAUAUUUUGACAACAAAUUUUCCUUAUCUGGCUCCAUUGGAAUAUUGUUUGUGAAGUAAUCCAAGUCAGAUUUUCUCAAGAUUUGUAUAAAGCACUUGUUACAGUUAGGAAAUUUCCAUUCAUUACAGUGUCAGCUGAUGUAGUCAAGACAAUGUGUGGAUGAAUUUGAGGAAUGUUUGCUGAUGAAGGUUUAGUAAUUUCUGCCUCUUUUUUGUGUCAGGAAGCUUGAAGUGGCUACUUAUCAUCCCAUUGAUUAUGUACCACCAGUUUAUAUACUGCUUCUUCUUCAUAUCCUUUGAUGGCUGUUUGUAAUCACUUUUUACCUAGCUUUCAGCUUGAGAAUGCUAUUAUGGUAUUGUAGUGAUAGCCAUCACUUAACACGUUAUAACUUCUGCUUUGUCUCAUCUCAUAUGAGAAUGGAUUUUCCUGGGCAUUCUAAAUAGACAACUUUCAAUCAUCUUAGCAGUUAACUUCAAGAAGAGAAAACACACUAAUUUGUACUUUGACCAGUUAUUUUAUUUUAUGUGUAUACAAGUUGUACUGAUAGAAACAAAUUAGAGUUUAAUUACCCACUCACUGUAUUAUCAUUUCCUGGUUCGAAGUGCUCACAUGUUUCAUAAAAUGCUUUUGAAAGUAUAUUAUGUGAGAGUUGGUUUCCAAAAAUAAUUUCAGAUUAAUAGAUCAACAAAAAUAAUCAAUUUUUGAAAAUAUAAUGUAAUUGUGUAGAUAAAAAAUCUGCUCAAGUGGCAGCAUGAGACCACACAUAUAAAGAUACUUAAAUUCCCUAGCUGUAGGAGGCAGUGGGGCCUCCUCCUAGUAGAAGGGGUGAAGCAAAAGGACUGGUGAGGCUUAGCAAAUUGAGGCAGUUCAGAAAAGUCACCCAGAAGCCCUAGUCGGGGAGACAUGCAGGAUGGGACGAGAAGGAAAGAUAGAUUGUCUGUUCUUCUCAUCCCAUCCUGGGGUUGUAGGUAAUGUUUCAGAACGUCACCAGUCCUUCAGUUUCACCUCUCUUCCUUCUCCUUCAGGCUUCUGCCAGGAGGAGGAGUUACUGAUUCCAAAAGCUAGCUGAUUUAGAAACCUUUAUAUGCAUAUUCUUUUGCUGCCGCUUCUUAAAAUUUUUUUCCACCCAGUUAGAUCAAAUCAACUGUAACAUCAAUUUCUCAUGAUAAUGACUGGAAUUGCAAUAGAGCGAAUUAAUAACUUUUAAUGUUGAAGGUAGUGUGGCUUGGAAAAUAAUAGUAAGAGGAUUCAUCCAGUAGGGCUAUUACUGGUUCCUGGCUCUAUUAUAGUGAAAUUAAGAUAGUGUUUCUUCUCUUGUGAUCUUGACCAGUGAUGACGCACUUGAGACUGUGUGGGGGUUAUAUUCUACUGCUUAUUUGCAGAUCAGUAGAAUGGUUAAACAUUUUGCAUCUUGUAAAUACAUUGCAUUACCUUUUUCAACAGCACUCUAUGUAUUAUGGUCUUCAAUUAACUUAAUAACAUAAAUGGUGAUAGAUCACACCUGUUACGCCAUGUACUGUGAUAAGUUUUCUGCAGCUGUAAUCCAAUAUAAACACACAUAACUGGGAAAUGAACACGGCUGUAUCUUUUCACAUGAUCAAGGACAGUUUGUGCAGGAUAUAGGUCUACAUUUUACUUUGUCAAUCAUUUUUAUUUUGAAAUCAUAAAAACUGCUGCAGGAUCUUAAUUUAAGGUGGCCUUACGAACUCAAUUUUUUUUAAACAGAGUCAUCUUAAUAUGUUUUGUAAUGACCUUACUAAACUGCAUGAACUUUCUCAUCUGUGUGUACAUGUGGAGUUAAUGACCCCUAAACCAUCAUGCAAUAAUUUUACAAAUUAUAAUUAACUGUUUUGAUUUAAUAGUCAACUGUCAUCAAUAAAAUUGUUGUUAGGUAAUGAAAAAUAAGUAUAAAUUAAUAUUACUUCAGAAACCACACAGCUACUGAACAAAGUGACUCAUAGUAAACUGUUUGCUUCUCUUAAGUACACAUUUUUUUUGUAGUGCUAUUGUGCUAUUGGUAAAAUGGUAAUACGUAAGGCACUUAGGGCAUAUUACUGGCAGAUUAUUCUCUCACUCGAUUAGUAUUCUGAAUAAUUUGUAUUUUAACAAAAUUUUAAUUGAUCGGCACUAUGUUCCUGUAGGAUGUCAGUUGUUAAUGAUGCAGUAGCAUUUUUCAUAUCUGACUGCACUUCCUUUUAUAUUGUUUGUUCUGGAAUGUUGCAUACUAAGUAUGCAAGGUACCUGUAGUGAACACUUAUUUUGGUAGAGUGUACUGGGCUGCAGGCCUUAAUUGUUGACUGACACACACCCUAAACUCUUAAGGCUUUAGUAAAGUUAAUAGUUACCAGAAGUAUUUAUGUAGAUAUACUGACUAGUGGGUCUUUUCAAAUUAUUCCCAACUGUUGUGCUUAACUGUGGCUGAUAAUUUUUUUAAACAGUCAGCUAAAUAAGUUUAAAAACUGCAGUUCGGAAUUAUUGUGGAUAUCUAGAAUAUGUUGGCUUCUUUUGAUUACGUUUCCACUGAGAAAUACUAAGAACUGUGGUUUUAUUUCUUAAUCAUAAGUUUGCAUAGUGCCUUGGUUGUGUGACACGUACUUACCACCAUGAGCAACGUAUUCUUGUUGUCUGCCUGUAAUGGUAUUACCUUUGAUGCAGCCAUUUCACUAAACUAAGAUGGUCACAUUGUGAUUAUAUAACGAAGAGUUUCUUUACAUACAGGCAGAUGUACUCUGAUACUGUAGACAGGUUGAUUGUUAAUUGCAGUACUGUGAUGUGAUGUAAUCUAGUAUGAAUUGUGUUGUCUUGUUGGUUAUAACAACAUUGUUCAGUUUGAUGUGAUUGAUUGCUGUCCCCACCAUUUAUCUGCAGAUAAGUGGUCGUCUUUUUUUUUCUGUGUACUUCUAUCUCAGAAUUUACAUUGUUGCAACAAUACUCUUUUAUUGUAUUGUACAAUCUUAUCACCCCUUUCUGGCAUAAUUUGCAUCACUUAUCCAAAUACUUUAAUUUUUAUGUGUGGUCAUUAAGGCUUUUUCACAUAUAUGAGGAUUGAAGUGAGUAGAUGCCGCAAAUCAUUUUCCUGUCUGUAUGCUUAUUCCUCAGAAGAUAAUGGAAGGAGUAAGCGUAGACUCACUCUGUAGUAGAUGUGUUGAACAGUUGACAGAUGUAUGAGCAAGAUGGAUUUUAUUUUGUUUGUGUGCUUAUUGACCACUCAGUGCUUCAGCUAUAUUAUCCACCAUUACAUCUGAUCUUCCAGGACUUUUCAGUAUGGCAUUCUCCAGAAUUGUCUUCUUUCAUAUGCAGUUUCACUUUUUGUAUUCACUUUCAUCUCCCGAUUGUUUGCAAUUUGAGUUCUUUUGUUCCAUAUAAUUUUGACAUUCUGCUUACUUACAGUGUUCUAAUGAACAAAGUUGAUUAAAUACUAAUUGAAGUCACCAGAGCCUAUUGGUAUUUUAUUAUUUGUAUGAAUCACAUUUUUGUGAUGCUAUGCACUUAUUUUGCUAACUAGCAUUCUCAUUAAAGAACUAACAUAGCUCUGUGUUAUUAAACAGUUUUGUUUUAUUCCACUUUUCCAGAUUUUGAAAAAGGAUAUACUCUAGUGUAAUAUCAGAAUAAUGAGCCAUGUCAAGUUAAUGUAACUGCACUUGUAGUGUCUCUUUGACAUUAUAUCCUGUUAUUUGCUGUGUGUGCAAAACUUUGUUAAUUUUAGACUCUGAAGCUCUUCGUUUGGCAAUAGUGUGGACAGUACAUGAUGAAGAAUGUUGGGGAAUGACAAAGAUUUGUGUACUAGAUAUUAUUGAGAAUGUAUGCAGUUGUCAGUUUGUUGAGAACGAAAAUAACUGCACAAGAUAAGAGAUUUUAUGUGUGAGCUUCAUGCAACACAUGACUAUUGAUUUAUGAGCAAGACUAUAACUAGCAUGUAACCGAAAUGUGACUUUUUUGUGGAAAAGUCUGUAAUGUUUUUGACAUAAUUUGGUGCUAUCUUACAAAAAGUUUCAGUAGUGUGGUAAUCUUGAGCAUCCUAGUGCUUUAUCUUAUUACAUACAUUUAUUGUCUGGUUACUAGUUGCCUGAUAGAUUAUUCAUUUAGAGUUCUUACUUUCUUUGUUGAACAAAAUAUUAGAGUAUCUGAACUGCACAGUCUUUACUUUUUGUCCUGUGCAAAAAAAUAAUCAUUUUCAUUCAGCUCAGUAUUUAGUUAUGAUUUUUGACAUUCUGCAAAAAAUUUUACUGUCCACAGUUAUCUUAAAACUAUAGCAGAAUAAGAAUAUUCAUUGAUAUCUCUGAUUGUUAUGUACCAGUUCUUAAGUGCUUCAGACUUAAUGAUGUCUGCAGUAGAAAGGAAACAUACUUUUUUUUCCAAAUGAAGUGGUUAAGGGAAUUUCCACCAUACUACACAACUGAAUGUAACCCACAUAAUACAACUACUAAGCACUCUUAUUUUAUUAAUCCAGUUACAUUGUCAUUUCAACGAGACUUUUUUUUGCAUAAUUUAUCUGGUUAUGUUAUACCACAUGAGGAGGAGGUGAACCUCCAAAGAAAUUACUGUUUGUGUAGAAUAUAUUAAAAACAAGAAAUAUGUUCCUGUUAUGAAAUUUUGAUAAACAGUUUUAAGUCCUAGUCGCUCUCAUCUUUCCUCUUGCUGUCAUUUGCAGUAUGAAUAUAACUUUGUUGAGUCUUUUAGUGCUUGUUUUUAAUGCCGAACAGACUUAAAAACUGUGAAACAUUAUAUAAAUUUAAAACUUCUGUUUUUAAAGAUGGAUAGAUAAAACUAGAAUAUGCUUGAAAGAAAAGUGUGAUAAAAUAGUACUUUGAAAUGACUAUUCAGAUUGUAAUGCAGGUCCCGAUGAUUAUCAUUUUCUUGCAGUUACACUGUGAAUAAAAUAUUAUUAUUUUUAUACUGAUACUGUGCUCAUAAAUUAACAUUUUUUAUGUGAAAUAAAUAGUUACCACUAUGUUUUUAAAAAUCCUGGAAGACUUUUCACAGAUUCUAGCAAUGUGAGCUGUGUUUCUUGCACACAAAAGUAUAGACGCAUAGAAACUCUCGCUCCUUUUCAUAUAACGUCUACAAAAAUGUGUUCUUUCAAACAAUUUGAAGAAACUUACUCAUUAAACAUUACUUUAUUCGGAAAAAAUACAGAUGUUAGUUCACAUCAUCUUGAAAACUUAGGUAUGUAAUCAUAAACAUGCGUCCAAAUUUUAAAAUAAACUAUAGUAUUCUUACACAGAUUGAAACCUUAUUCAGUACUGUGAUGAGUGCAUCUAAACACUGAACUUGAGAGAUUACAUUUUUAGUUUUAAAAACUACAAAUUUUUAUCUGAUGUUUGUCAUAUGUCCUGAGAACUGUAUUAAGCUUCACGAUUCUGUGCCCACUGCCUGCAUACCCGCCUUAGUCCCCAGCCCUUUUUUGUUUACUUUACAUAAUUGUCUAAUUUUGCUGGUCAUCUGUGGAUUGUGUAUUCCUUUAAGCAACUUAAAAUUUCAAAAUCUUUUUGCCAAAUUUAAGAAUACUUUAUCAUACUUGUAAAGACACAAACACCAUUUAAAAAAGUUCACCCUUAGUCACAGUUUCAUUUUUAUUUUUUUAUUGUAUGUAUGGAGUAUUGUCAGUUGGCAUUUCCUUGUGAUUGCUUGUGUGAAAGAUGACAGGCCUUUAACCUUUAUACAAAUGCUCCCAAAAAAAUUUACUGUUUUGCCUACUCUUAGGUUUUUACAGGUAAUGAAAUCAAAUAUUGACUGACUGAUAAACUGACUGAUAAUUAUUGCUGAGAAUUAACGUAAGAAGUUUAUAAAAUAUACAAAUUAUAUGAAACAGCAAUUAAAAUACAGAUAUAAUCAAAAAUUUAUUAUGUCAUUAGUAAGUUUUUAGUACCGACUGAAGCAUAUUCAUAAUGGUGUCACAAGUUUUGUGCUGCAUUUAUAAUAGGAAUAGUGUGUCUAUCUUCAGAGUUGAGAGUUAUCAGUUUAAUACCUUUGUUGCCCCUCCAUUUGGUACUUCUGUUUGAUAUUUUAUUUAAUUUUGCAAUAACAUAUAUAUUUCAAAGCCCUCUAUUACAUAUUAGCAAGCUUCCUCAUUCAGUUCUCUCUUGGUACCUUCUCCCAUUGUUCCUCCAUUUUGUGUUCACUGUCUAUGGGUAAUAUAACUUUUGGCUCUUCUUUGUGUCCUUGCCUCUAUUGUGGCUAAAUUGCAGGUAUGAGACUUUCACAUUAAUCUUACUUUUGAAGAUUUGAUUUUCUGUCUUCUGUGCUCCCUUUCCCAUGAGGUGGCUUUUGCAGUAUUAUUAUCCUGCCUUCAUUUUGUUUGUUUUAUGAAUAUCAUUCUGAGGAACCUUUCUGUACUGCAAGUGAUAAGUUUUUUUUUCCAUAGUUCUCAUUGGAGCAUUGUUAUUAGUGUUUUUAUAAUUUCAGUAUUGAGCGUCUUUUAUUAUAAUAUGUCUGUAUGUGUGGGGAGGGGGGGGGGGGUGUUAGAUAUAAAAAGCUUUUUUUUCCUAAAUGUGACUGACCCCCAAUGCUGUUUCAAGAUUUUAGAUUUAAAACUGUGCCUUUUAGUAUGCUUUCUAACCACAAAUGUGUUUUCAUCUUUCCACAAAAAUCUGCUUUGGGAGACAGUACUUUCUUUAAUAAUUGUCGUAAAGCCCAUGUCAGCUCUUUAGCUACUAUUAUCAGAAUUGUUGCAAACAAGUAAAAAGAGAUCUAAUUUGAGACUGGAAAUUGGUGAACACAUCUGCCUGGCUAUCCAUCUGUGUGUAUGUAAUAUAACUAGAAUGUGGUUGUUACUUAAUAAAUUUCUUACUGUUAUUGAACAUAAUUAUUUUUAUAAGCUGAUAUUUUUGAGAUGUGAUGUAUAGUCUAUUACCCAUGAAUCAUAAAUAAAACAAAUAUUUAAAUUA